AUGGUUCCACCGAUCACGGUUGCCAUUGUUCCCGGCAACGGCGCUGGAGAUGUUGAGAAUUGUAACUGGUACGGAUGGCUGAAAGCGCAGCUGCAGAGCCGUUGGCCGGAAACGCAAGUUCGCGUCAUGCUUCGGAACAUGCCGGACCCUGUGCGCGCACGGGAAACUGUGUGGCUGCCGUUCAUGGCUAACCAUCUGAACUGCGGAGAGAACAGCAUUAUCGUGGGUCAUAGCAGCGGAGCGGCUGCCGGCAUGCGCUUUGCGGAGACGUCAAAAGUGCUUGGCCUGGUGCUUGUUGCCGCCUACGUCAGCGAUUUGGGCGACGCAAACGAGGCCGCUUCAGGUUACUUCAACAGGCCAUGGGAAUGGGAGAAGAUCAAGGCGAAUGCGUCGUUCAUCACCCAGUUCGCCUCCCGCGAUGAUCCUUUCCUCCCCUGGCGGGAGCAGCAGCAAGUGGCGGCCUGCCUGGGGACCGAGCUGAGGGCUUAUGAGGACCGAGGCCACUUCCAGGACGAGGAGCAGCCGGAAAUCUUGGAGGCGCUGGAGGCGCAGCUGGCUGCUGCACUGGCGGCUGGGGAUGGCUGCGCAUAA